AGAAGAAGAAUGGCUUAUCGAAGCGUCUGCCACUUCUGUCAGCUACCUGGCCAUUUCAUCAGGGAAUGCCCCUUUCGGCAUCAACCUAAUGGAGCAGAAAUGGCCGCGCGAAUUCGUGAAGGAGGAACAGGAGGUGCGAAUCGAGGUGAUGUUAAUGGUAUCGUGGAGGCACCAGCGCAGGGAGCAAGUGCAUCGAAUGCGAUUGUUCCUUACCAAGGUCCGCAAAAUAGAGGUGGCGGCAGUUACGGUGGAGGUUACAAUAAUGGUGGAGGCUAUAACAACGGUGGGGGUUAUAGCAAUGGUGGAGGUUACAACAACGGUGGAGGUUACAACUAUGGUCAGAGGUUCACAAGACAGUGGACAGGGGGCUAUAAGGACCGCAAUCAAGAUGGGAAGAUUGAUCGCAUGUAUUGCUUGCUGUCAGAUCAGAUGGAGGAAAGGGAACAAUGGAAACAGGAGAAGGCGAAUCUGGAGCAGGUUGAAGAAGAUAAGAAGAAAGCACUAAUAAAGGAGGAGAAGAGGAUUCAAGCAAGUAGGGAAAGAGAACAGCAAGAGGCAAGGUUGGGGAAGAUCGUAAGGACAAGUGCGAAAGCGGUAUAUGAAUCGGCACUCGGGAGAAAGGUGGAUAUUCCCGAGGACGACGAGAGUGAAGUUUCUAAGUUGAGGAGGGAGUUGGAAGAGCUGCGAGAUAGGAGCAUGGGGGAGUUGAGUCAAUCACGACUGGAUGCACUACGAAAAGAAAAGGAGGCGUUAUUGAUGGCUAAGGAUCGACAAAGUGAAGAAGAGCGAUUGAAAGCGGAAAUUGUCGAGCUGAAAAGCCGUCAGGAGCAAGGGAAAUCAGAUGAUAUGAGGAAGGAUGAGAUCUUGGCUCUGCAACUGCAUAUGAAGGAACUCGGCACGAUCCGUACAGCUCUGGAGGAGAACAACGCGGAGGUCUCCACCCUUAAGGUAGAGAACAAUAAUCUCAGGAAGGACGUUGCGGGGCUGAAGGAAAAGUUUCUCAAUCUGAGAAACAAGAGGGGGUCAGGGGACGUGACUGGAAGCAGCCCGCCCGUGGAACCACCUAAAGGGAAGCAACGGGCCGGCCCAUCCAGUACGGCGAUGUAUACACCGAAGGAUCUGGAGGCUUUGCAGAAGGCUUAUAAGGCAGCACUGGAAGGGAAGGAGAUGAUGCUUAAAGAAGCUGAGAAGCUCAAGGAGCGUAUGACCAUGAUGGGUGCCUCGCGAGUGCGGAUAUCGUCCCGAAAAACUCAAAUGAGGAGGACGAAGCCACGUAAUCUAAGGACAAGCUUCCAAACAGUGCAUGUCGAGUCGGACGAGGAGGAUAAGCAGAAGGAUAAAAAGCAUGAGAAGGGUAAUCCUCGCAGUAUUGAAGAUGUGGCUCACGACCUUGAGGUUGCAAAGAUGGCGGGAUUUAGGGAAAACAAACUCAAGGAGCUCCGGAACACUAAGAAGGCGGAAGUGGAGGCGAUAUGUGUUGACGAGGGUAUCACCUACAUCAAGCUGGAGCAAUCAAGAGUCGAUGUGGCAGAAAUCAGGGCCAGUCGGGACUACGCAGCCUGGUUGAAGGAGAAAGGACCGUCGGAGGAGGAAGAUGGCGUUGAUGACGUGUGAGGACACUCCCUGAGCGUGUCGCGUCUUCGUGAGCUGGCCUUGCUCUGUCGUGAUUUUUAUGACGUUUUACCUGCAGAGCAG